UGCCUCAAGCCCUGAGGAAUGGAGCCUGAUGUCUAUGGACUGAGACCUCUGAAACCUGAGCCUCAAAUAAACCUUUCCUCCUCUACAAUUGUUCUGGUCAGGUCCUUUUAGUCACAGCAGUGAAAAAGCUGACUGAAAACGGGGCUGAACUGGAUAGAGUUGGCAGGAGAAAAACCCUUCAUCCUUGGCCAUUUCAGCCAGCUGGUCAGCCAAGGAGGUCGGUUACAACAGUUGUGGUGUAGACAAGAGCUUAAGAACCACGCGCUUCCCUGGGACCAGAGGAUUUAGCUUCUUCUGAAUUGGGGGUGGGGACAAUCAUGCGGCCAAUCAGAAGAAGAGCAAGUUGGCAAGAAGCCAAUGGGAAGUGGGCAUGGAAAUGAGUCUUGCUGGCUAUCGGUUGGUGUGGUGUCCCCCGCAAACAGAGGCGGGGCUGGCUUUGGGAUUUUGAGAGCCUCCGUCUUGCUCUCAGCAUUUAACCAGCUUGGGCUUGGCAGAGCAUUACCUUUGGUCUUGGUAGUUUGGAGAAGAACUUGAUUUAGGAUCAUUGACAUUUGCGGUUUGAGGAUGCCACAGACCUGAAGAGCCGCUUGGGGGACAGGUGAUGUGACUUGAAGAUGUAGUAUUUUGAGUCCACUUCUGACUCACUCCUGGCUACACAUCUGCAUUAUUGUGACCUGUGGACCAAACAGGUACCAAACUAGAGAACAGAGAUAAACUUUAAGUAUUCUUUGGGCUACUUAGAAACUUCUAGAAGUUUGUAGGUUAAGGCUAAUGGUGAGGAAAAAUGAAACAACGGAAGUCCUUCUCAGCACCACCCUGCGAAUUUGGGUUGGCUAAGCCCUACCUCAGGGCACCAGCUGCAGUGGGGGUCGGGGGUUGAAUCAGUUAUUCAUGUGCAAGCCAUGUGCCUGUCAUGGGGCACCUCUGAAGGGGGACGUCUCUAGGUCAGUCAGUGCAGUGUGAUCAGACUUCACCCUCCGUCUUUCCCUUUGCUUUUACCUUAUUCACUCCCAUCCUCACCCCAACCUUGACUGGCUGUCACUCAACUCUGACCUUGUUUCCUAUUUGCUAUUUUGGAUUUGGAUGAAGCGCAGAGAGACAAAAGGGGUAUUGGGGUUGGAGUAGAAAAAUGGAAUUCUAAAAGGAGUUUCACCCACAGAGAAUGAAGAACCAGGUACCUUGCUCCUUCCCCUCAAAGGGCUCAAUCCUCACAUGUUUGUGGAGAACCUAUCUUGUGCCACACCUGUGUGCAUGUCCUUAAUGAAAGCCAGUGUUCGGCCCAGGCCUUUGAGAAACACAUUACCACCUGGUGACGACAGAAAGUGCAGGAAUCAGUACAGCCCCUCUCCCACAUGCAUGUAGUAGUAAGAGGAAGAAACGCCAGCGCUUGCUCCAAUAUUCUUGGAGCAAGAGGUCAGACAGGACACAGUAAUGUGUUCCUGGACAGGAGGAGAAGCACUCAGAUCUGAGUUGGGACAACCUUGGACAGAAGCAGGAGGGGUGAAUGGAGACCUGGCUCGCCUCAUGUUCCUCUUUUGCACAUUAUCGCAGGUUAGUCUGUAGCAGAGAAAGUCAUAACACACGUGAAUCCACCAAGUUCUGGAUUCCAAGGUCUGGAGAAGCAAAGAUGUCGAAUUCUUCCUUCUGGUCACCGAAAGAAGGCACCACACCUGACUUACUCUGCGGGAGGCCAGUUGGUUUCCUCACCACGAAGGACCGUUUCAUGAUGCUUAUAUGUGGCACUCUUGUUUUGGGAGGAUUCUCGAGGAUGUUUUUCAAGAAUUCUGAAGUCAUUGUCUUGACCAUUCUUUCUGUAUUAGGAUUUAUAACAGGACAACUGGCUUACCAUUUUAUUGAGGUGUAUCCAGUUGUUUACCCUCUUCUAAGAACACCAAGUUUUUCGCUUUAUUCUUAUUUUUUGCCUUUAAUUGUAUUUGUGGCUGCUUUGGAUGUGGAUUUUUAUAUAGUCAAGAAUGUGUUGUGGCAGGUUUUGUUAACUGGAUUUAUUAGCUUUUCUAUAUCAUUCAUCAUAAUUGGAUAUGUGGUUCUGAAAUUCAAUUCGGAGUCAUGGGAUUUUCAAUCUUGCUUACUCUUGAGCAUCACUCUCAGCAUUACGGAUCCCCUUCAUUCUGUGAGCUCACUAAAAACUCUUGGCCUUUCUAAAAUGUACAUUGACAUGAUUAGAGGAGAAUCAUUGAUCAUUUGUAGUAUUGCCUGCAUUUUUUUUGGAAUUUUUCGGGUCAGCUCAGAACAGCUUACCAUGUUUACAGAGUUACAUAUCAUUGUGGGACUCAGCUUGGACAUUUUUGGAAGCAUAAUCUGUGGAUACUGGUGUGCAAGAGUCAUCCAGUUUAUAUUGACUGACAUUUUUAGCAACACACUGACCAAUGUCAUCCUCUGCUUUUCAAUGGUGUAUAUGACUUUCUACGUGGUGGAAUAUUUUGGAAUGUCAGGCAUUGUUGCUUUGGCCACUGUAGGACUGAAUUUAGAUUCCUUAAGCUUCAAGCCGAGGAUGGAGUUCAUAAUCAAGAAGUUCUUGAUCAUAUUUUCCUCUAUGUACCACCAUUUGAUAUACACUUUCUUCGGCAUUGUGGUUGGAUGUGGAGAAAUCAAGUAUUUUAGUUUCCGCACCGUAGUUUUCAUGUUCAUCUUAUUUGUGACAGUGAAUCUUGUAAGGUUGCUUACUGUUAUUUUUGUGAGCCCGAUUUUGAUGCAUUCCAGUUAUGAGUACAGUUGGCGAUGGGGAGUUGUCAUCACGUGGUCUGGAAUUAAAGGAGUUUUUAGCUUACUUUUGUCUCCUGAUAUUUAUAAUCUGGCUGAUCAAAAAGCAGCGGCACCACAAAUGUUUAUUUUCUAUGUACAAGUAAUAUCGUUAUUGACUAUGGCAAUAAAUUCAUACAUGAUGACUUUCUCGGCUAGGACAUUAGGUUUUUGUGCAAUUUCCCUCCCAAGACAAAUGGCCAUGCAAAAUGCCAUUCAGCACAUUCAGGAGAUAAUACAGAACACAACCACUUUAUACAAGACCGAAAAGAUGUUGACAAAUGUCAACUGGACUUUAGUGGAAGAAAAAGCGAAGAUCGAAUACAUCAUUCCUUCAAAUACUGUCCCACUUUCCCACGUUGUACAUGAUGAUGAAACAGAGCAGUCCCCGACAGAUGAAGUUUUAAUAGAAGAAGCCAGAUUGCACGUGGCGAUAAUACAAAUGAGUAGCUUUGAAAAGCAGUGUAAUGAUGGCAUCCUUGGAGUAGAGGCAGCCCGGAUAUUAAUUGGUGCAACGAAAAGCUAUUGCCCCAUCCAAGGAAAAUUCAUGAAUAUUCAUGAUGUUUCAACUUACGUAAGAGCUAGAAGUUGGCUUAUAAAGUUUAAAAACAUGUUAACUUACUUGGAAUAUCAUAGAGAAAAGGGACGUUUUAUUCUACCUGGGAACAAUAGAUUUCUGAUUUUUGUAUAUCACCUUGUAUUUUCAGAAGAAUUUGAAUAUGCAGGACAUAUUAAGACAUUAUUGUAUAUUUAUCCCAUGAUAAUACAUUUAUGGCCAAUGGCAAGAGAGUUAAAUGUAUCAGCACUGAUAUCAAUGAACCACUAUUUUAUAUUUUUAUGUGCGUUAGAAUCAACUUUGAAGUUAAUAAUUCUGAAAAGGAACUAUUUUAAACAACAUUGGAAUACUUUGGAAUUUUUAAUUUUCCUUAUUGGGCUCGUGGAUAUCUUUUGUAUAUACUUUGUCAGACUAAGAACAAGCAACUUAUUCCUUAUCCAGCUCACAGUGGUGAUGGGAUACUUAAGAAUAAUUAGGUUUCUUCCUAUCUUCAAGUUAGCAAUUCCAAUGCUGAUAAAUAUUGCAGAUGUGCAGGUCAAAAAACACCUCAGCUUGAUGUACAAUAUUACAAAAGGCUAUGUCAAAAGUCAAGAAGAUGCCAAACUUUUAAUAAAACAAAUUUCUGGCCGUAAAUCAAUAUAUAAGAAAUUAUAUGAAAUUCUGGAAACCAACAAACGAGAAGCUAUCAAAGAGCUAGGACUCAUAGAGCAUGAAGGCCGUGAUGUCGUCAUUGCUCUGAAGACUAAGCAGGCAAUCCGGAACGUGAUCGCUAAAGCUCUGAAGAAUCUCACCUUCCUCAGGUCGAGGGGCAUCAUCGACGAACACGAGGGCAUCGAGUUGAAUAAGGUACUUCUUAUGAAAAUAAAAGCACUGAAUCAUUUUCCAAUGGCAAUCCCACCCCCUACUCCUGACAAGUACCUGCAUAAUAUCAUCUGGAUGGAAAAUAAAGAUGUCCUCAUUGAGUUCUUCAAGGAAAGAACCAAACUUGCUUAUUUCGAUUACGGAGAUGUCAUUUGUAGAGAAGGGGAAAUGCCACAAGGAAUCUACUUGAUAAUUUCAGGAAUGGCAAGUCUGCAUAGCUCGUCUCCUACCUUUGGGAUAGACAGUAGCCUGAAGCCUGAUAAAGGGUCCAAAACCAUGUUCACAGAGUACUGUACCAGCGGGGACGUGCUGGGGGAGCUGAGCUGCCUGCUGAAGCGCGAGAUGGAAUACACUGCCGUCUGCGAAACCACGCUACAGGCCUUCUUCAUCUCCCUGGAGGACCUAUAUGAAGGCUUCGAUGUCUUCUGGCCAUCCCUGGAAUAUAAAAUCUGGCUGAAGCUGGCUCUCAAUACUGCCUCUCAGUACUUUGAAUCGAGUCUCGCUGAUGAGGACUUAAGGUUUCAGAAGUGUGUGAUGCUCAAUCACGCUUACGUGGAGACUUUAUCAAGCUACAAUGAAAUGACUAUCGAUAACGUGGCCAUGAAGUUUGUCAUCAUCGUGUUCGGCAGCGUAAUUGAUAGCAAGACGGAGGAACCAUAUUUGGCACCUUGCAUCAUUCCUAAAACCUGUGAGCAGAUUCAGGGAACUGCAGAUGUAAGCAAGCUGUUGGUCAUCCAAGCAUCUGAGCCGGCCAAAAGUGAUGGUAACACCAAUGUCGUGGUCAACACUGGUCUUCGAACGACCAAGAAAGAAUACAACUGGAAGAGAAAGGAUAUGCAGGACACUAGGUACCAGUUUCGAAAAGGGCAUUGACACAGAUGUGAUGUGUGGAGUCGGGUUAAAGGCUGCGCUGCUGUCCUGGUUCGAGUGCUGAAGGAUUACCUGACAAGGAUUUUCUUAGAAACCGCUGAAACAGCUCACUGCUGGAUCUCUUCUGUAAGCAGUGGAUGGACCGCUGUAAAAACCAGUUCUCAGUAGUUGUAUAGUGUACGUGACUUGUUCAGAAUUCUUCAGGAUAAUGUAAGGUACUUUAAAACUUAUGGCCUGCCAAACGACACCCUUCUUCUAGCAGAGAGUAAGUUAUCAAAUGUGUUGUACAAUUAAUGUAUUACUGUCUAAGGCAUUAAGACCUUCAAGUUUUAUUUGUGAAAUUACUAUAAUUAAUGCCUCCUGAUAUUUUUCAAAAUCCAGUUACUCUCCCCUCCCCAGUCUGGGGAACACUGAAAAGUGGACCGCGAUCCAGUCUUGGUCACGGAAAGCAAAGUUGAGGAGUUAACAUUCCUACGUUCCCAGUCCUGUUGGUUGUCACUUUUCAUUCUAUUUUUAAAAGUUAAAUAAAGUUGCACGUUGUGGCUGA